GAGGUAUCUAAUAAGGUCGACCCUUCCAUUACUUUGCUUGAAUUCUUACGGACUCAGACUCGUUACAAAGGAACUAAGCUUGGCUGUGGUGAAGGUGGUUGUGGUGCCCGUGGUGUUCUUCUCUCCAAGGACGAUCCUGUCCUUGAACAGGUUGAGGAAUUCUCAGUGAGUUCAUGUCUGAUCCUUAUUUGCAGUUUAAAUGGUUGUGCAAUUACAACCACAGAACGACUUGGCAACACCAAAUCUGGGUUCCACCCAAUCCACCAAAGGUUCUCUGGUUUUCAUGCUUCUCAAUGUGGUUAUUGCACUCCGGGCAUGUGCAUGUCCUUCUUCUCAGCUCUCCGUAAUUCUGAGAAGAACCAGAGGCCGGAACCUCCUCCUGGGUUCUCCAAGCUCACAGUUGCAGAAGCUGAGAAGGCUAUUGCAGGAAACCUCUGUAGAUGCACCGGUUACCGACCCACCGAUGCCUGUAAAAGCUUUGCAGCUCACAUUGAUUUGGAGGAUCUGGGCCUUAAUUGUUUCUGGAGAAAGGGGGAAAGUAAGGAUGUGAAAUUGAGCAAAUUACCAUUUUAUAACUAUCAAAAUGAUAUCUCUACAUUCCCCGAAUUCUUGAAAGAAGAAAUGCAGCCCAAAACCCUUUUGGAUUCUGAAGAGUACUCGUGGUACAAUCCUGUCAGUAUUGAGGAGCUUCAGAGCCUAUUGGAAUCGAAAUUAACCGAGAAUGAAGCAGGGGUGAAGCUAGUUGUUGGUAACACGGGUAUAGGCUAUUACAAGGAACUAGAACACUACAACUCCUACAUUAAUCUUAAACAUAUUCCUGAUCUCUCUAUGAUUAAAAGGGAUACCACUAGGAUUGAAAUUGGAGCAACUGUGACAUUCUCUAAGGCAAUUCAGGCUUUGAAGGAAGAUGGGGAGGGUGGGUUUCACUCCACUAUCUUGUUCAAAAAAAUUGCUGACCAUAUGGAUAAGGUUGCAUCUGUGUUCAUCCGAAACUCUGCAAGUUUGGGGGGAAAUUUGGUCAUGGCUCAAAAGAAUCACUUCCCCUCAGAUAUUGCUACAAUACUUCUUGCUGCAGGUUCACUUGUAGAUAUACAGAAAGGUCGAAGAAGACUAAAACUUACAUUGGAGGAAUUUUUGGAGAUGCCUCCAUGUGAUUCUGAAACCAUACUUCUAAGUGUAACAAUCCCAAAUUGGGAACCGGUAAAGAACAUUUCAUCAGACAGCAAAACUCAAUUGCUGUUUGAAACCUAUCGUGCUGCUCCACGGCCACUUGGGAAUGCAUUGCCCUAUCUCAAUGCAGCUUUAUUGGCUCAGAUUUCUUCCUGUAUAACUACUGAUGGUGUUGUUCUCGAAAGCGUUCAGUUGGCUUUUGGUGCAUAUGGGACUAAGCAUGCAAUAAGGGUGAGGAAGGUGGAGGAGUUUUUAGCUGGGAAGUUUCUUGAUGUGGGUCUUCUAUUUGAGGCUGUCAAAUUACUCAGAGAAAUUGUGGUUCCUGAUAAGGGAAUUUCACAUCCACCUUAUAGAUCAAGCUUGAUGGCUAGUUUUCUUUUUGAUUUUUUGCAUCCUCUGGUCGAAGCUAAAACUGGGAUUUUCAGGGAUGGCUUAAAUGGCUACGGUAAUGGUUUUUCAAUUAAUGCCUCCAGACCAGAGAAUCACUGUGACCAAAUUGAUCAGACCAAGGGGGCCAGGCAUCCUCUCACCUGCAAAGCAGUUGGUGAAAGUUAACAGGCAGUUUCAUCCAGUCGGUGAACAAAUUAAAAAGGCUGGAGCUGAGAUCCAAGCUUCUGGUGAGGCUGUUUAUGUGGAUGACAUACCCUCUCCAAAGGAUUGCCUUCAUGGAGCAUUCAUUUAUAGUACGAAGCCUUUGGCCCAUGUGAAAGGUAUUAAAUUCAAGUCUACAUUACUACCACAUGGGGUUUUGGGAG